AUGGAGGAACUAUGCACUGUGCCUGUGAACAAUAAUAAUGUGGAUAAUAUUUUACAACAAAUGAAAUCUCGAUUUCAAAACUUUAAAGAAUUAAAAUUUGUUGAAUUGUGCAAUUUUAAUAUUAGUAACUACGAUUCAUCAAAAUUUCCAUCGGAAGCUUUUAAUUCACUAAAAAUAAAUUAUAGAAAUUUUUUCGAUAUUCCAGCUUUAAAGUACCAGUUAAGUGUUGUUUAUGAAAUAACUGAAAUUAGUGAUAAAAAGACGCCCAUCAAUAUGUUAAAUUUUUUUAUAACAACUAGUUUAAAUAAGUCCUUUUGUGGAGUCGUCAAGUUGUGUGAGUUAGUACUAACCAUCUCAGCCAAGUGCGUCAGUUGAGCGAAGUUUUCAGCUUUAAAGCGCAUUAAAAGUUUUAUACGAAAUUCAACAAGUGAUGAAAGACUCUCUAAUUUAGUCCUAAUAUCCAUUGAAAAACAGCUUGUUAAACAGUUAUCAGAAAAUCCAAAAUUUUACGUCGAUGUUAUAUACAAAUUUGCAGCCACUGAGGAUAGGCGAAUAGAUCUUAAAUAUAAAUAAAUGUUAACUGCUGUAUCAACUAAGCAAAAAAUGCUGGAAAAAAUAAAAACAAAACUUCACUUUAUUUUUUUUUGCGUUUAAAUAAACCAAGGAAGCUUUUCAAUGGUAAGUUUUUUUAUA